GCGCCGCUCCGCCUCCGCCCGGCUUCCCCGCGGGGAUGCUGCGGCUGGGCCGCGGGCUGAGGCGGCUCGGGUCGGGACGCGGGGCUGGAGACUCCGGCCGGCUCCCUUUAAGUGCGGAGAUGCCCAAGAAAGCUGGUGCGACGAACAAGGGUAAAAGCCAGACCAAGGAGCCAGAGACACCACUUCCUCCCUUAGGUCCUGUGGCAGUUGAUCCUAAAGGUUGUGUCACCGUAGCCAUCCAUGCCAAACCUGGUUCCAAACAAAACGCUGUAACAGACUUGACACCUGAAGCUGUGAGUGUGGCCAUUGCUGCGCCUCCGUCGGAAGGAGAGGCUAAUGCCGAGCUCUGUCGCUAUCUUUCCAAGGUCUUAGAACUCCGCAAGAGCGAUGUGGUUCUGGAGAAGGGUGGUAAAUCUCGUGAGAAAGUGGUGAAGCUUUUGGCCUCCACAACUCCAGAAGAGAUCUUGGAGAAAUUAAAGCAGCAAGUGGAAAAGAAAUAAAAGCCAGUUUUGAGAAAAACACAUCCUUGGAAAGCUUUUUUAUUGCUAUUAAUGGAGAGGCUGUUAAAUAAGAAAAUAUAUUUCAGUGCACAAAAGAACAUGGAAAAAAUACAUGUUUAACAACAGAACGCAAGAAAUAGGAAUUUAAAAGUACUCUGCGUUCAAUAUAGGUUCUAAAAUCCCUGACCCCAGCUUGGAGUAUGUUACUCUGAUUUCGUGGCCUCACAAAAUAAGAGAGCGGGAAAAGUUGUUUAAGAUGACCUCACUCAGUCCGUUUCGUUCUGUGAUGGGGCUUCUGAUGUCCCGAAGUUGAGAGAGUUCUUCGGGAUCUCAUGGCACAGGGUGGCAGCUGGAACCCGAUCCCUGGACUCCUGGUUGGAUGCAGUUCAUCGUGAUUGUGAAUUAAAGUGCCAUUUCUGCAGCCACCUCAGGGUUCCAAGGAUCGCCUUCAGGUCCAGCUCACAGGUGACAGAAGAAAACCUGUCACUGCUUUGUGCUCUUAGUUUGUAUUUUAAAAGGCGUAUCUAAAUACGAAAAUGCUUUCUGUGUCUUUUUAAAACUCUGUGGAGCAUUUUGUGAAAAAGUAAACAAGAACAAUUAAGACUUGUGAUUUCGGGGAAGUCACUGACUUUUCGUCCUCCUUGGAUGCUAGCUGCAGUCUUCAAAUCUGGUAUUUCUGAAGACUCUCCAGAGAGCCUUAAGAGAGGAGGACCUGGCAGCUAUUCUCAGUAUUGGUAAAGGCCUGUCAGAAAUCAUAUGUAUAUUCAAGCUUCAAAAGCGAGUAAUAAAGAUCUUGUUUUUAAAUCUCCAAUGCAAAUUAUAGUGAUUUGGUAAAGGUACAUAAUUUCAUUACCUUUGCCGAUCAGAACCAAAGCAGUUGUGUGCUUUUGUCCAAGUACCUGAGAAAAUGUACGGGGAAACAAAAAUCUUUAAAAAUACAAAUUCCACAAAGAAGGAACAAUAAUAAAAAUUGUUGAAGGUGAAAGGGCUGGGAAACAGUCAUCUGGUCAACUCUUACUCUGUGGAUAGGAACCAAGGAGAAGGUCACGGUCAGUAUUAAUGGCAGAGCAUGGGUCCCACUCCACGGCCUUCUUUUCUAAGCCAUUAUGUCAUACUGCCUCCAGAUGUGUCUCCCUUGGACCUGGUCUUGGCUUAAGAACAAGUAGCAGAAACCCAACUCCAUCCGGCUUACGCGAUAAAGAUUCACUGGCCUGAUACCUGGCAAGUCCAGAGGCAGCAGCUCAGUGUCAUCAUAAAGGACCCACUGCAGCUGACAGCGCCCGCUUCAGCCUCGUGCCCACUUGGAGGCAAAAAGGCAGCAGCCCUAGGCCUCACGUCCACGUACCGCCCCCCCCGCUGGCAGGAAAAGACGCCAAUGCCACUCGGAAGAGCGGGCUCCCGCUCAGCUUCCCCCCACUCCUUGGUGGUUGGGGUGGGGGAGAACCAGAGGAUGGGUUGGCACCCUCGUGGUGUUUCAGGUUCCAAACACAUAGGUGGUUCCUUAACUGUAGUGCAGAAUGUAAAUGUAAAAACCCACCGGGGACCCCACUACAGAAUUUUCAAAUGCAUGUGACUAGGGCCUAAAAAUUUUAAGAAGCUGGAUUUUCAGUUUACGUCCAAGAGGUGGCACCAUAAUGCAGCGGCAGAAAGCCGCUUCAUUAAUCUGAAGUGAGCAGUGCUAGUAGGAAGUCUCCGUAGUGCCCGCCAGUGUCCCACACUCUUCUGUCUGGUCUGGGAGACAUUUCUUAGGCUUAUACCCUCAUUCCCUGAGUUCAGUUCAGGCCAGGGUGUGUGAACUGCCCUCUACUCGGCUGGGUACUCAGGAGUCUGGCUCAGUGCUUUAGUGGAGUCAGCAUGGUCUUCAGUGUCUCCCUUAAUUCUGCCGCUUUCAGAAAUCCCAUUUAGUUGGUGAUUGAAAAUGGAAUUGGGCUGGAAAAUUAGCAAGGAAUUCAUUUCGAAACAAGAUGCCAAUUUAUUAAUUUGAGUGAAGAACACACCUGCCAAACAGACUGUAUAGUGGGAUUCUCCAGCGAGAACAUUCUGUCACUUUGGGAAGUCUCUUGACGAAGCCGGUCAGCAUCUGAAGAGUGCUUGGAGAGCCUGGGAUCAGAACCAGGGGAGGGAGGAGGGCGGAGCAGGGAGCUCUGACCAUCUGCGAUAGACCCAUUCUGUCUCCUCAGCCCCUCUCCUGGGACAACUCUGGACACCGAUGCUCCCUUUUUCCAGGCUCUGAGAAGACUACCUACUUCUGUCCACGUGGGCUGUCCUCAGACAAUCCUCAGAAUUCAACUGAUACGGUUCUCAGCAUUUUCUAAUCCUUUUCUAGAUGUGUGCCACAGGAUCCAUCUAGCCCCCUUGCUGUUAGAGUCAGCGGGGGAGAACCCCCAAAGUUGGCAGCAGUUUGUAUAGACUCUGUGGUCAUUUCUACAUGAAACUUCUCCACGAUGUGGCUUUACUGUCAUAGUGGCUUUCACAUGGUUUCAGAGCCUUAUGUUUCUCUAGAGAUACCUGGGUGGGUUGGAGAGCCAUGGAGAAUAAGGGAGGGAGUCACGUCAGUGGGACUCCAAGCCUUUAGCCCUCUUCCAAAGCUGUGCUGUCAGUGUGGCGGCUGCUAGGCACAUGUGGUUACUGAGCACUUGAAAUGUGGCUGAUCAGUUUUGUUUUUUUUUU